UCGAGCUCCCAUGUUUUUCGUUUCAGCCGUGAAGAUCCGCUACAGUUUGUAACCGAGGGGCGAUCUUGCUUGGGAACCCAUCGUUUCCCUUCCCCACUAGGGGGCAGACAACUCGACAUCUACUUCAACCAGCCACAACCAGGUGUUCCUCCGACGCUAGGGCUUCCCGCUGACCGUCUUCCUCGAGCGUGAUGACGGAUGGACGAGGCCGCCUUUCCCUAUCUACAGGUUCUCUCUUGAUCUUGAUCUCGAUCUCGAUUUAUAUCCUCAUCUGUUGGAUUUUGAUCCCGUGCAGGAACAGGUCUUCACACAGCUGCAGGAGAUCCACAUGUUGUACGGGGUAGAAGAACCAUUGAAAGAUCAGACAGGUUCGGAUCUCUAUCCUCAUCUGUUGGAUUUUGAUCCCGUACACAGGAGCAGGUUUCACACAGCUACGGCACAUCCACAUGUUGUACGCGGUAGAAGAACCGUUGAAAGAGCAUACAGCCAGCAGCAGUUCAAGUUGGACUUCUUCCAAACUAUUGCCAAAAUUGUCUGUAGUCUGGAUGAUAUGCAGGUUGAACACAUUACGUACACGAGAAAGAUUAAAGCUGGGUGUUUCUUAUUCAAGUCUGAUGGUGAUAUGGACAAUUUUAUUCUCAAACGGUGCUACUCUACAAUUUAUCACGGCCUCUUACAUUAUCCAGGUGUUCCGUUCAUGCCUGCAAAUCUGAGUAGACCAUUUCAUUACAUCUGUCAUAUAUACGCAGAUACCAACUCACUUUGGUUGCCCUUGGUUGUGUUCAUUUCUUUACUGAUGUGCUCAGUGUGUUUUCUUUUCAGUUGGAAUCAUAUAUUGUACUUCAGUUUUUUCUCAUGGCGGGAUAAGAAAGGGCCAGGAAAAAAAAAAAGACACGGUGCAAUUGUUCUUACCCUCUGGAUAAACUAUCUUCAGUUGUACCCUUUGUAAUGAUCAUUUCUAUAGUGAUGUGCCCGGUGUGUGUUAUUUUUCUUUGGGGUUAUAGACUAUAGUUCGUUUUUUUACACCUAUAUGUUCUUGCAAAGUGAUAUUAUUCUUACAUGUCGAUUAUGUUCAUAAAAACCCUGCAACUAUCUUUCAUUGUACAGGUCAUUUGUUUAGUUUUUGGUGAUGAAUAAUGCACUGA